GGAGCAGCAAAAGCGUCAGCAGGAGCAGCAUCAGCGGCAACAAAAAACCCUCAUCAAAUCCUCACCUAGGCUCUCAGUGUAUCCAGAUCCACAUCUUCACUCAAGCCGGGAGAGGGAAAGAGGAAAGGGGGGGAGGAAAAAAAAAAAACCCAACAACUUAGCGGAAACUUCUCAGAGAAUGCUCCAAAACUCAGCAGUGCUUCUGGUGCUGGUGAUCAGUGCUUCUGCAACCCAUGAGGCGGAGCAGAAUGAUUCUGUGAGCCCCAGGAAAUCCCGGGUGGCAGCUCAGAACUCAGCUGAAGUGGUUCGCUGCCUCAACAGUGCGCUGCAGGUCGGCUGUGGGGCUUUUGCAUGCCUGGAAAACUCCACCUGUGACACAGAUGGGAUGUACGACAUCUGUAAAUCCUUCUUGUACAGCGCUGCUAAAUUUGACACUCAGGGAAAAGCAUUUGUCAAAGAGAGCUUAAAGUGCAUCGCCAAUGGGGUCACCUCCAAGGUCUUCCUUGCCAUUCGGAGGUGCUCCACUUUCCAGAGGAUGAUUGCUGAGGUGCAAGAGGAGUGCUACAGCAAGCUGAACGUGUGCAGCGUCGCCAAGCGGAACCCCGAAGCCAUCACCGAGGUCGUCCAGCUCCCCAAUCACUUCUCCAACAGAUACUAUAACAGGCUUGUCCGAAGCCUCCUGGAAUGUGACGAAGACACGGUGAGCACCAUCAGAGACAGCCUGAUGGAGAAAAUUGGGCCCAACAUGGCCAGCCUCUUUCACAUCCUGCAGACGGAUCACUGUGCCCAAACACACCCACGAGCUGACUUCAACAGGAGGCGCACCAGCGAGCCACAGAAGCUGAAAGUCCUCCUCAGGAACCUCCGAGAAAAUUGCAUGAAACGAGGCUUCUGUAAUCAAUAUCCCAACAUUCUGCGAUGGCAGCAUUCCCACAGACAGAAUAUGUGUGAUCUUUCUGCCUCUCAGCAGGAGAAAGUACCCUCUUUUAUCACGUUCCUUCCCCAGGUCCCCUCAGACUCCUCUCAAACACAAAGCAUUUGCAUAAGGCCCAGUCAUUGUCAUUGGAAGCUGUGGGGCCCUUUAAGAUGGUUGCCCCAGUAGAGUUAGCUGAUGAGAAGCGACUUAAUUUAAAUGCAUGUCUUAAAUGCCCAUAAAGGUGUUAAAUGGAAUUCGUGUGAUGAAUCUGUGCUGGCCAUGGACGAAUAUGAAUGUCGUGUUUGAAUUCUUGAUCUCUCAUGAGCUAGUGUCUUACGGUCUUGAUCCUCCAGUGUAUAAUUUCCUUUCCAACACAUUUACCAAAUUGCUCAACCCUGGCUCUUCAACCGGGCUUUGAGCCUGCAUCUUCUUGCAUCUAAUGAAAAACAAAAAGCUAACAUCUUUAUGUACUGUAACUGCUCAGAGCUUUAAAAGUAUCUUUAACAAUUGUCUUAAAACCAGAGAAUCUUAAGGUCUAACUGUGGAAUAUAAAUAGCUGAAAACUAAUGUACUGUACAUAAAUUCCAGAGGACUCUGCUUAAACAAAGCAGUAUAUAAUAACUUUAUUGCAUAUAGAUUUAGUUUUGUAACUUAGCUUUAUUUUUCUUUUCCUGGGAAUGGAAUUAACUAUCUCACUUCCAGAUAUCCACAUAAAUGCUCCUUGUGGCCUUUUUUAUAACUAAGGGGGUAGAAGUAGUUUUAUUCAACAUCAAAACUUAAGAUGGGCCUGUAUGAGAUAGGAAAAACCAACAGGUUUGUCUGAAGGACCCCGGGUAAAAUGUUAAUCUCCCAGCCCACCUCAACUCAGAGGCUACUCUUGACUUUGAUCUCUCCUGAAACGGCUCUGUCAUAUCCAUCCGGGAAUCACAGGAACCCAAAAGAGCAUCCCUUUGGGCUUGGACCACUUACAGUGAGUGUGAUAAGGCCUAGUCUAUCUUGGGAAGUGGCAGUUCCUGACUCGCCCACCACCUUUCAUCGGUGAACCGAUGAUGGCGUGGGAGACUUUCCCUUAAGUCAGUCAGGAACGAGUCAGUCAGCCUUUGGGUCUUCAGUUCCGGGGACUUGGGGCUGAGGGGGUAUAAAGAACCCUGGGCUGUCCAGCCUUAAUAGACUCCUCUUACAUUUUUGUCCUGUAGCACACUGCCUGCCAAAGUAGUCCUGGCAGCUGGGCUAUCUCUGUAGGAUCGCAAAAAAAAAAAACAAAAAAACCCAAAAAAAAAAAAAAAAAAAAGGAAAAAGGAAAAAAAAGAAAAAA